AUGUGGAAACUGUGUCUAAAAAGUGGCGACGAUGACAAUGGCAGAGGACGUGGCGAGCAAGCGGACGGACCAGCCGACGCAACCGACGAGCCCCUCCAGGGUGUGGGAGUUUCGGCAGAUGCCGAGCUACUCGUAGAUGCCCAGGCCCGCGCCGGUGUUGAGGAGAAGGAGGACGAAGGAGAAGAUCCGGACCAGAAGACCAACUAG